UCUCUCUGAUAGAUACAACACAAAGCCGUUAGAAUGGGAUCAUCAAUCUUUCAGAAAGUAAGUGUCCUACUAAUCUCCACUGUCUUUGUUGAGUUAGUUUCAUUAUCAAAUCCUGUUUUUAUUUCAGCUUCUUCCCAAGAAGCUACGGCUCUUCUCCAAUGGAAGGAUAGCCUUCAAAACGAAAGCCAAUCUAACUUAUCUUCAUGGAUUUCACCUCCAAAUAGUCCCAACAAUUCUUCUCCCAAUAUAAACCAAACAUCAAAUCCAUGCAUGUGGUUUGGUAUUUUUUGCAACCCUGGUGGAAGUGUCAUCAAAUUGGAACUUAACAAUUCUGGAUUGGAAGGUACGCUUCAUGGGUUUUCUUUUCCCUCUUUCCCAAAUCUUUCAUAUGUUGAUCUCAGUGGCAACAAUCUCUUUGAUAGCAUUCCAUCUCAGAUUAGCUACCUGUCCAAACUCAUCUAUCUUGAUUUGUCCUCUAACCAGUUGUCAGGGAAAAUCCCUCCAGAAAUUGGCUUGUUGACUGAUCUUGAGGUUCUCAGCCUUGGUGAUAAUCACUUAAAUGGCUCAAUUCUUGAAGAAAUAGGCCACCUAAAGUCUUUAUCCAAGCUUUCUCUUUUCUCAAACAAUUUGGAUGGUUUCAUUCCUGUUUCUUUAAGUAAUUUGAGCAAUCUAGAGUAUUUGCAUCUAUACAAUAAUGAACUCUCUGGUUUCAUUCCUCCAGAGAUAGGAAAUCUCUCCAAUUUGGUGGAGUUGUUCUUUGAUUCCAAUAUCCUGACAGGUCUGAUCCCUCCAACUUUUGGGAACUUAGAAAGGCUAACCUCGUUGUUUUUGUACAAUAACUCACUUUCUGGACCCAUCCCUUCAGAAUUAGGGAAUUUGGGGUCCCUUGUCCAGUUAAGCCUCCAAACAAACCAUCUUAAUGGUUCAAUUCCCCCAUCAUUAGGAGAUCUGGGAAAUCUUACUCUUCUUCAUCUCUACUUUAAUAACCUCUCUGGCACCAUUCCUGAGGAGUUUGGAAACUUGAAGCGUAUCCAGAAUCUACAACUGAGCAGGAACCAACUGCAUGGCUCUGUUCCAAAUUCAUUUGUUAAUUUGAGAAACUUGAACGUUCUAUACCUUCGUGACAACCAACUUUCUGGUCAAAUUCCCCAAGGAAUUGGAGAUUUCAUGAACUUGACUAAACUACAAAUAGACACAAACCAAUUCACUGGCUUUCUGCCUCAAAACAUUUGCCUCAGUGGCUCACUUCAGAAUUUUUCCGCAUUCAACAACCAUUUCACAGGCCGAGUCCCCAAAAGCUUGAAAAAUUGCUCCAGCUUAAUCAGAGUCCGCUUAGAUGGAAAUCAACUCACUGGUGAUAUAUCUGAUGAUUUUGGAGUCUAUCCAACCUUGAACUACAUAGAUCUAAGCUACAAUAGAUUUUCUGGAAAAAUCUCAAGUAAUUGGGGACAGUGUCCACAAUUAGACACCCUAAAAUUUGGUGGAAACAAUAUCACUGGUAGUAUAUCACUAGAGAUUGGAAAAUUGACUCAGGUACAUGUGCUUGAUCUUUCUGAAAAUCACAUUGUUGGGGCUAUUCCAAAAGAAAUUGGAAAGUUGACCUCUCUAGAGCAAUUGAUGUUGAAUGGCAAUCAAUUUUCGGGUGCUAUACCAUCAGAACUUGGAUCAUUGACUAAUCUUGAAUACCUUGAUUUGUCCUCAAACAGAUUGAAGAAUUCAAUUCCAAUUAAUUUUGGGGAUUUAUCAAAAUUGAAUUACCUAAACUUAAGCCAUAACAAUUUUAGCCAAGCGCUUCCAGUUCCCCUCAUGAGCUUAUUUCAGAUCUCUAAAAUGGAUUUGAGUUUUAACUCUUUAAAUGGAGAGAUACCAUCAGAAAUUAGCAGAAUGCAGAGCUUGGAGAACCUCAAUCUCUCCCACAAUUAUUUUUCUGGUUUCAUUCCGACAGCCUUUGAAGAAAUGCGUGCCUUGUUAUAUAUUGACAUAUCAUUCAAUGAUUUUCAAGGUCCCAUCCCCAGCAGCAAAGCCUUUCUAGAUGCUCCCAUAGAAGCAUUACAUGGGAACAUGGAACUGUGUGGUAACGUUAUAGGAUUGGAGCGUUGUAAUAACUCCUCAAAGGAGAGCCACAAAGUCGUGUUUCUUACUGUUUUCCCAAUUCUGGGAGCACUUUUACUUCUAUUUGCUUUCUUUCGAGUUUCUAUCGCCUUCAAAAGAAGAAAGAAAGAUCCAGAAUCAGAACAAUCUGACAUGCAUGAAAUAGAAUUUCUUGCGAUGACAACUGUCAAUGGAAGAACAAUGUAUCAAGAAAUCGUGAAGGCAACCAAGGCUUUUGAUGACUUAUAUUGUAUUGGGAAAGGAGGAUGUGGAAGUGUUUAUAAAGCAAAGCUGCCUUCUGGUGUUAUAUUUGCUGUGAAAAAACUCCACCCAGCACAUGAUGGUCGAAGAGGAUUCCAGAAAGAGUUCUUAAAUGAGAUAAGAGCAUUGAUAGAAAUAAGGCAUCGAAACAUUGUUAAACUUUAUGGCUUUUGUUCACAUCCAGAACAUCCAUUUUUGGUUUAUGACUACUUCGAAAGGGGUAGCUUGGCAAACAUCUUGGAGAAUGAAGAUUCUGCCAAAGUACUGGAUUGGAAUAAACGGUUGAAUAUUGUUAAAGGCGUGGCUUAUGCUUUAUCUUACAUGCAUCAUGAUUGUGUACUGCCAAUUAUUCAUCGCGAUAUAUCAAGUCGCAACAUCUUGCUAGAUUCUCAAUAUGAUGCUCAUGUUUCGGACUUUGGCACUGCUAAACUUCUGAAGUUAGACACAUCCAAUUGGUCUUCCCUUGUAGGCACCUAUGGUUAUGUAGCACCAGAGCUUGCUUAUACAAUGAAGGUAACUGAGAAAUGUGAUGUGUAUAGCUUUGGGGUAUUGACAUUAGAAGUCCUAAUGGGAAAGCACCAAGGUGAUUUCAUUUGCUCUCUAUCAUCUCCAUCAGCUAUGAAAAACAUACAAUUGAAGGAUGUUUUGGACAGGCGCAUUCUCUUUCCCCAACAUGUAGUCGAGGAUGAACUUAAUACGGUUGUGAAGCUUGCAAUAAAGUGCUUAGAUUUCCAGCCACAAUCUAGGCCAACUAUGCACUUCAUAUCCCAUGUCUUACAGGCUCAAAUUGCCCUUCUAGAACCAUUUUCAUAUGAAGUUGCACAAGGAAAGUAUCUAUCUGCAUAUAAUUUUAAUCUGUAAGAGUUGAAAUAUCAAGUCAAUUAUUGUUGGGGGUUUAUAAGACGGUGCUACUUUAUAUAUAGCAAUUCAUAAGUUGUAUUACAAGUGAUUCCUUGCAAAGAUAGAAAGGAAAUGCAUCAAAAUUCUUAUUUAGUAAAAAAUUUAGAAUCUCCAACAAGUAGAAAAUAUAAUUUUUGA